AUGGCUUUGACAAGAUCCACAGAUCCCCUGGUAUGGAUCGAUUGCGAGAUGACGGGCCUCAACCCUGCUACAGACACCAUCAUGAGCAUCUCAUGUAUCAUCACGAACUCCGAUCUUGCGCCACUGGACCACCAAGGAUUCGACGCCGUGAUCCAGCACACCCCCUUGCAACUGUCCACAAUGUCCGAAUGGUGCGUCCGCACUCACGGUGCCUCGGGCUUGACACAAGCAUGUCUCGAAUCCACCACGACGGCACCCAUAGCUGCACGGGCGCUGCUCCAGUACGUCCAGCGAUACAUCCCCGAACCGCGCCGGGCGCUGCUGGCGGGCAACAGCGUCCACGCCGACAAGAUGUUUCUCAUGGUCCCUCCCUGGAACGCGAUCCUCGACCAUCUCCACUACCGCCUCUUCGACGUCAGCGCGACCAAGGAAAUGGUCCGGCGAUGGGCGUCACCAGCGAUUCUGGAAACCGCACCGGUCAAGCAACUCAAGCACACGGCGCGCGAGGACAUCCUCGAAAGUCUGACGGAGGCUCGAUACUACAAACAACUGGUCGAGGGGAUGACGACGUUGUCAUCGUCGUCAUCCUACGGUGUCAACGAUACAACAGCAGAGCCACCUGGCCCGUCGAAGUCAAAUGGCGGCGGACCUGGGAAGCCUCCUUGGACGACUGGCGCAACCACGGCCCAAGACGAAUGGGACAUGCAGAAGCUCAAAAACAGCCACGUCGGCGGCACAACCACCGUGUACGAUGGCUUCAGGACGGACGUACCUUGA